UUGUUUGUAAGUAGUGGUGUUGUUUUUGUGCUACGUGUUUUUCUCGACUGUGUUCCAUGAUGCGCGGUUGGGUAGCCUAUUGCGCGCACUAGGCUACACAACCAUGGAGAGAUCACAAGGCCUAUUAGAUCACUUUUUAUGGUCUAUUGGGAUCAUUACAAAGGGAAAGUGUUGUGUGACAUCAGAGGAAUGCCCAGAGGAGUGCCCAACGGUGAUUGGUUGCGGAGGGAGGUCCCCGCUGCCUAGUAGGAAUAAAACCCUCUUCUAAUUCUCAUCAGUGAAAGCUCGACUGGAACUGUCUAUUGUCCCACUUGACCUAACUGUUGAGAAGUUUGCAUUUUACCCUGAAACAGAAGUCUACUAAGCUAGAGAAAUGAAGAACCUACAGGAGAGAACUCUUCACGUGGCCACCCCACUGAGGGAGAGCCUUGCCCUGACCAAAGUGGCAGGCACCUCUGUAUACCUGAAACUAGACUCAUCCCAGCCCACAGGAUCCUUCAAGAUCAGGGGCAUUGGACACCUUUGCAAGACAUGGGCUGAACGAGGCUGUGAGAGAUUUGUCUGCUGUUCAGGAGGAAAUGCUGGUAUGGCGGCUGCCUACUCUGCCCGUAAACUUGGGGUACCUGCCACCAUUGUCGUGCCCAGUGUCACCCCGGAACCAACAGUUGAGAGGCUGAGGGAUGAAGGCGCUGAUGUGGUCAUUCAUGGCAAGACGCUGAAUGAGAGCAUUGAAUAUGGACAACAGCUUGUGGCCAACAACCCUGGAUGGAUCUUCAUCUCUCCCUUUGAUGACCCUCUCAUCUGGGAGGGCCAUGCGUCUCUGGUGAAGGAGGUGGAGUCCGAGCUGCAGGAGAAGCCUGGGGCGAUGGUGUUGUCUGUUGGAGGUGGAGGCCUCAUGAACGGGGUUGUCGAAGGACUGCGUCGCGCCGGCUGGGAAAAUGUUCCAGUCGUAGCGAUGGAGACCAUGGGGGCACAUAGCCUCAAUGCUGCUAUAAAGGCUGGGAAGUUGAUCACUCUGCCUGAGAUCACAAGCAUUGCCACAACAUUGGGCCUGACAAGAGUAUCUGCACAGACCCUGAAACUUGCUGGCGAACAUACCGUUUACUCCGAGGUGGUCUCAGACCAGGAUGCUGUCAAAGCUGUCGAGCGCUUUGUUGACGAUGAGAAGGUCCUGGUGGAGCCUGCGUGUGGCGCUGCCCUGGCAGCUGUGUACUGUGACAUCAUCCCCAGACUGCAGAAGGAGGGCAAGCUGGCGCAGGACCUGGGCCCUGUGGUGAUCGUGGUGUGCGGAGGCAACAACAUCAGCAUGGAACAGCUCCAGAAACUGAAGCAGCAGUUGGGCAUGUCAUCUAGCUAGGCAGACAGACGGCUUUGGGUUCUGCUGAUUCUUUCUCCAUCACUCCAUUCCCCAGAUCGUUCCAGCUUUAGCUCCCCUACUCUAUUGUGCACUACCAAUAUGUGCAUCUGAUUAUGAGUCAUGAACACCAUUGGGCCAAAUCAUUCCAGACUGUGCAGUAUACACCUGAAAGGGCAUGACUGGCUGAAGGAUGAACUGACUUUCAAUUCAGCAAUAGCUUACGGUUAAGAUUUUUUUAAAAGCACUGAAAGGCAUUGAUGGGCAUACAGUCUACUGCUCUGGCAGUAGUAGUCUUUCAAUUGAAUAGCCUAGAUGAUUAACUUCUUGGUUUAAAAUUAACCAAGUAGAGUUGUAUUGUUUGUAUUUAGCAAGUUUUAUGUUCAUGUAAACUAUACCAUUGGUUGUAUUUUCUUCACCCUCUUUUGUACUGUAUGAGUGAUUUUUAAAAAUAAAUAUAAUUAUACACAU